AGUAGUAACCAUGGCUAAGUUUGCUUCCAACAUCGCCCUCCUUCUCGCUGCUCUUGUUCUUUUUGUUGCCUUUGAAGCACCAACAAUGAUGGAAGCACAGAAGCUGUGCGAAAAGCCAAGUCGGACAUGGUCAUCAGGAAAUUGUCGAGACAGUAGAGCGUGCAAGAAUCAGUGCAUUAACUUUGAGAAAGCACGACAUGGAUUUUGCCACGUUGCUUUCCCGGUUAACAAGUGUCUAUGCUACUUCCCUUGUUAAUCUAUACUUAAACUCUUUGAUAACCUGCGGUCGUAGGUAGAAGCUUCACAAAAUCGGUUGAUCAGGUCAUUCUUAAUUUAACUACAAUGAACUUUAUGUCUCGCGCUCAAGGUGGUACUGAGAUUUUAGAGGCAUAUGAUGAUUUCUAUGUAAAAAUUUGUUUGAAGACUUAAAUAGAAUUUUUAAGAAGUUAUACUCAUAUAAUUUUCUUUAAAAUUUUUAAAUAUUUGAGACGAAUGUUUCACUAGGUAUGCUCCAGGGCCGGUCAUACUCGUGCUGGGACUCUUAGUUCUGCAACUAGCUGUUGGUAUAUAGCUAUUAUUAUCCAAUUAUUUUGAAUAUUUGUACUCCAUACCUAUAACAUUUACUAUAUUUGCACUUCAUACCCAAUUUCCCCCCAAUUUUUUUCCCUCCAUCUUCAUUAUUUCCCUAUAAUUUUAGACAUUUUCUUAAUUACUACAUUCUUCUUGUAUUUUCAGCCAAUUCACCCUUAUUUUGAAUAUUUUCCUUUUAGAGUCAGAUUUCUCUUCUCG